CAAUUAGCUGUCUCCAAACAGAGGCCGCGAUGACUCGUAAAAUGAACCCGUUAGCUAGCUAACGUUAGCUAUUUGACGAAAUUGCAUGACCGAAACAGCUUUAUUUCGCGGUUUCAUUUUAACUCAAUCGCUGUCAUUGUACAAUUAAAAUAAGGGGAGAUCACUUGGAGAAAAGUGUAAAGAGGCUGGUUUGAUGUGCAUGGCACUGGGAGAGAAGGCACCAUGAGUGGGGAGUUGGAUGCGCUGACUGUGGUGAACCAGCUACGAGACCUCGCAGCUGACCCCCUCAACAGACGGGCCAUAGUACAGGACAACGGCUGCUUACCAGGUCUCAUCCUCUUUCUGGACCACCCCAACCCUCAGGUCGUCUACUCAGCAUUAUUGGCGGUGCGCUACCUGGCAGAAUGUCGGACCAACAGAGAGAAGAUGAAGGGAGAGCUGGGCAUGAUGCUGAGUCUGCAGAAUGUCAUUCAGAAGAGCACCUCCCCUGGAGAGACCAAGCUGCUGGCGUCUGAGAUAUAUGAGAUUCUGCAGGCAGCUGGUAAUGAUGAGGCAGAGCAGGCUGAGGCUGAGGCCGCCUCCUGCAGACGCAAGGCCCACUUCUUCCUGGGCUCCACCAACAAGAGGGCCAAGACUGUGGUGCUGCACAUCGACGGCCUGGACGACUCAACUCGUAGAAGUCUCUGUGAGGAGGCCCUGUUGAAGAUCCGAGGGGUGAUCAGCUUCACCUUCCAGAUGGCUGUGAAGAGAUGUGUGGUCAGGAUCCGCUCUGACAUCAAGGCUGAGGCACUGGGCACGGCGAUCAACUCCACCAAGGUGAUGAAGGCUUCACAGGUGCUGAAGGGAGAGGAUGGAGGAGAGCUGAUGCUCCCAUUCCAGGAGGGUGCAGAGGCGGUGGUGGUGGAGCACAACGUGGACAUCCCAGACUACCUCCCCGAGGAGGAAAGCCCGUCUCAGGAGCAGGACAAGGCCGUGACGCGCGUUGGCUCCAUCACAGAUGGCGCGGGCUGGCUCGGCACCGCCGCCAACUUCCUGUCCCGCUCCUUCUACUGGUGACCACUUCCUGUGUCAGUCCCCAUCGUCACAACCCCAAACCCACUAACCACCACCCGACGGUCACCUUAGCCCUGCCUACUUCCUCCAGACUUCCUACACUGCUCUCUAGUCCCUCUCAGCAGCCACACAGAGUACCACUCUGCUCAGUGUACAAGGAGCGCUGGACUGCCAAGUGCAACCUGCAAUAAUCUUUCAUUGUUUAUAAGACAAAAUUAGCUAAGAACAUGCUAGCUACUGUACCGCAGGCUGAACGCGCUGCACACUAAAUACACUCAGUCAAUCUCUACAUGUUAUGUACCUCAUAAGCCAGAGACAGAGGACUUCAGAAUCAGCUUACAUCUCUUAUUUUCCUUUAGAGAAGUAGUUUUCUCUGACGCCUGAUGGGUCCAUAACCUCUUUGAAACCAAAUUGCAUUGUGGAAUGCAUGGUGCUGCAUCGUCUUCUGAGUUUGAGCGAUUGCAUUGUAUGACGCUGUGCUUGUGGAUACAGGAGUGUUUUUGGCUCUCGCUCUUCUUUUCCUCAUCUUUCUUUUCAUAAGGUUUUUUCACCCUUUUUCUUUCUGUUUGCCAAUUUGAUAUAAUCCCUAAUUCAAUUUUCAUUCCCCCGCGUGGGGCUUUUUAAAGCAUGCUGCAAUAAUUGUUGCUUGUGCCGAUCUUGCUCGCUGCCUUGUCUUCAUCAUGUUUACGUCUCUAUCCUUUGUUGUGUGCCUUUUGGACUCUUCACUGCCAUGUAUUGCUAUUUAUUUGUCAAUUUUAACUUCUCUCAAAACCUGUACUGACCUCGCCUUCUGGAUGGUAAUGGGGUGAACAGGCCAUUGCUCGGGUGGUUGAUGUUCUUGAUGAUCGUUUUGGCCUUCCUGUGACAUCGGCUGCUCUAGGUGUCUUCUAGGGCAGGCAGUGAGCCCCCGGAGAUGGUUGGGCAGACCGCACCACCCUCUGGUAAAUGGUGCCUGGUUUCCUAGUAACAUUAAUCAUAAUAUGUUAAUCUCAGUCCUUAUUUCAGGAAGAAAUCAUGUUUUUCUUCUGUUGAACAGUUAUUCUUUGUCUCCAUUUUACUUUGUUGUUGAAAGAUGCAACAGAAAUGUUAAAUGUAGAUAAUACCUUUUUAUCAAGAGGCUAUGACUGAAACAUUGACGUUCAAUAUUAGGUUCUUGCAUAGAUUAGUCUUUGGAUUGACUUUUUUUAUUUUAUUUUGAGGAACCCUUUCAUGCCUGUAAUCCUUUUCCAGCUGAAUUAUGAUCUCAUCUGAUUUGCAUCUGAUUUAAGUGGGAUUGACAUGCAUUGUGUAAAGGAAGUGCUGACCAGACUAUAGUUAUCCUUCUGGAGGCCCAGCUCAGAUAUAGAGUUUAAAUGUAUUACAUUUUGAGUUUGCAUCCUAAUAUUACACUUUUAUAUACACUACCAGUGAAGAGUUUGGA